CUUCUCUCUCUCCCUCUCCUUCCUCCUCCGCCUCCUCAGCUCUUGGGCUAGAAUAUCUAUGGGUCGAAACGUGAUGCGAUGAAUCCGAGAGAGACCGAAACUGGGACGAGAAGUGCGGCGGAAGCGGCGGGACUCCUGGGCAUGGGGGCUUCACCACAAUAGAGGCAGCGCCCCCACCCGCGCCCGCCAGCCCCUCCGGAGCGAAGCCCCCAAACCCCCUCGGGAAAAGGAUGGCGGCGGCACCUACCCAGAUCGAAGCCGAGCUGUAUUACCUGAUCGCUAGAUUCUUGCAAUCCGGACCCUGCAACAAAUCCGCUCAGGUGCUAGUGCAGGAGCUGGAGGAGCAUCAGCUUAUUCCGCGCCGCUUAGACUGGGAGGGGAGAGAGCACCGAAGAAGCUUCGAGGAUCUGGUGGCAGCCAAUGCACACAUUCCUCCAGACUACCUCCUUAAAAUUUGUGAGCGGAUUGGUCCUUUACUAGAUAAGGAGAUCCCUCAGAGUGUUCCUGGGGUACAGACAUUACUAGGUGUUGGUCGGCAAUCUCUGUUACGAGACGCCAAAGACUGUAAGAGUACACUAUGGAAUGGGUCUGCUUUUGCAGCUCUACAUAGAGGGAGACCUCCAGAACUACCUGUAAAUUAUGUGAAACCUCCCAAUGUGGUGAAUAUCACCUCUGCCAGGCAACUAACCGGAUGUAGUCGCUUCAGCCAUAUUUUCCCUUCAUCUGCUUACCAGCACAUUAAGAUGCAUAAGAGAAUUCUAGGCCACUUGUCAUCUGUCUACUGUGUAGCAUUUGACCGAAGUGGGAGAAGAAUUUUUACAGGUUCAGAUGACUGUUUGGUGAAAAUUUGGGCAACAGACGAUGGACGCCUCCUUGCUACACUUAGAGGGCACUCUGCUGAAAUUUCUGACAUGGCUGUUAACUACGAAAACACCCUCAUUGCCGCAGGCAGCUGUGAUAAGGUUGUAAGAGUGUGGUGUCUUCGAACUUGUGCACCAGUUGCAGUCCUUCAGGGACAUUCAGCUUCUAUUACUUCCAUACAGUUCUGUCCAUCAACUAAAGGCACAACCAGAUACCUCACUUCUACUGGUGCUGAUGGAACAAUCUGUUUCUGGCAAUGGCAUGUAAAAACAAUGAAGUUCAGAGAUCGCCCAGUAAAAUUUACUGAGAGAUCCAGACCUGGAGUUCAGAUAUCUUGUUCAUCUUUCAGUUCUGGUGGUAUGUUCAUUACAACAGGCAGCACUGACCAUGUGAUUAGAAUAUAUUAUUUAGGGUCUGAGAUCCCUGAGAAAAUUGCUGAAUUAGAGUCACAUACGGACAAAGUUGUUGCUGUUCAGUUCUGUAACAAUGGAGACAGUUUAAGAUUUGUUAGUGGAAGUAGAGAUGGAACAGCAAGAAUUUGGCAAUAUCAGCAACAAGAAUGGAAGAGUAUAGUGCUAGAUAUGGCUACUAAAAUGACUGGGAAUAAUUUGCCAUCUGGAGAAGACAAGGUCACUAAACUUAAGGUGACUAUGGUGGCCUGGGAUCGCUAUGACACCACAGUUAUUACUGCAGUGAACAAUUUCCUUUUGAAAGUGUGGAAUUCUAUCACAGGCCAACUUCUUCAUACUUUAUCUGGACAUGAUGAUGAAGUAUUUGUUUUGGAAGCACAUCCAUUUGAUCAAAGGAUCAUACUUUCGGCAGGUCAUGAUGGGAACGUUUUUAUUUGGGACCUUGACCGGGGGACCAAAAUUCGAAAUUAUUUUAACAUGAUUGAAGGCCAAGGCCAUGGUGCAGUGUUUGACUGUAAAUUUUCACCAGAUGGAAACCAUUUUGCCUGCACUGAUUCUCAUGGGCAUUUGCUGCUUUUUGGUUUUGGAUGCAGUAAAUACUAUGAAAAGAUUCCAGAUCAGAUGUUCUUCCAUACGGAUUAUCGACCUCUUAUCCGUGAUGCCAACAACUAUGUACUGGAUGAACAAACCCAACAAGCUCCUCAUCUCAUGCCUCCCCCAUUCUUGGUGGAUGUUGAUGGAAAUCCUCAUCCCACAAAAUUCCAAAGGCUAGUACCAGGACGGGAAAAUUGUAAAGAUGAACAACUUAUACCACAGCUGGGAUAUGUGGCAAAUGGUGAUGGUGAAGUGGUAGAGCAGGUAAUUGGGCAGCAAACCAAUGACCAAGAUGAGAGCAUUCUUGAUGGAAUAAUCAGGGAGUUACAAAGAGAACAAGAUCUGAGGCUAAUUAAUGAAGGAGAUGUUCCACAUUUUCCAAUUAAUAGAUCAUAUUCUGCUAAUGGUGCUCUGAGAAAUCCAAAUAUGGAUAUAUCCUCUUCCCCAAAUAUUGGGCUCCGACGUAGUGGUCAAAUUGAAGGUGUCCGACAAAUGCAUUACAAUGCUCCCCGGAGCCAGAUGGCCACUGAACGAGAUCUCAUGGCAUGGAGCAGAAGAGUGGUGGUCAAUGAACUAAAUAAUGGGGUUAGUCGGGUUCAGGAAGAAUGUCGAACUGCAAAAGGUGACAUAGAAAUCAGUCUUUAUACAGUUGAAAAGAAGAAAAAGCCAUCUUAUACUACCCAAAGGAAUGAUUAUCAGCCAAGCUGUGGGCGGUCUUUACGAAGGACACAGCGCAAGCGUCAGCAUACUUACCAAACACGGUCCAAUAUAGAGCAUACUUCCCAAGCAUCAUGUCAAAAUUCAGGUGUACAGGAAGACUCAGAUAGCUCCUCAGAGGAAGAUGAAACAGUUGGCACGAGUGAUGCUUCUGUAGAGGAUCCUGUUAUUGAAUGGCAAAGUGAAAGUUCCUCCAGUGAUUCAUCAAGUGAAUAUUCUGAUUGGACAGCAGAUGCUGGAAUAAAUUUGCAGCCUCCAAAAAGACAAACCAGACAGGCAACACGGAAAAUAUGCAGCAGCUCUGAGGAGGAGAAUUUGAAGUCACUAGACGAGAGGCAAAAGAAACCUAAACAGACUAGAAAGAAGAAAGGAGGACUGGUUUCUAUGGCAGGUGAGCCCAAUGAAGAAUGGUUUGCCCCUCAGUGGAUCUUGGAUACCAUACCACGACGUUCCCCAUUUGUCCCACAGAUGGGAGAUGAGCUUAUUUAUUUUAGGCAAGGACAUGAAGCUUAUGUACGGGCUGUAAGAAAAUCAAAAAUAUACAGUGUUAAUUUACAAAAACAGCCAUGGAAUAAAAUGGAUCUCAGGGAACAAGAGUUUGUUAAGAUUGUAGGAAUCAAAUAUGAGGUUGGACCACCUACACUAUGCUGCUUGAAGCUUGCAUUUCUGGACCCCAUUUCAGGCAAAAUGACUGGAGAAUCUUUUUCCAUUAAGUAUCAUGACAUGCCAGAUGUCAUUGACUUCCUUGUGCUACAUCAGUUUUAUAAUGAAGCCAAAGAAAGGAACUGGCAGAUUGGUGAUAGAUUCCGCAGUAUAAUAGAUGACGCCUGGUGGUUUGGGACUGUGGAGAGUCAGCAGCCUUUUCAACCAGAGUAUCCUGAUAGUUCUUUCCAAUGUUACAGUGUUCACUGGGACAAUAACGAGAGAGAAAAGAUGAGCCCCUGGGAUAUGGAGCCAAUUCCAGAAGGAACUGCAUUUCCAGAUGAAGUUGGUGCAGGUGUUCCUGUGUCCCAGGAGGAACUGACUGCUUUGCUCUACAAACCCCAGGAAGGAGAAUGGGGGGCUCAUUCCAGAGAUGAGGAGUGUGAACGGGUUAUUCAGGGCAUCAACCACCUUCUUUCCCUGGAUUUUGCCAGUCCUUUUGCUGUUCCAGUGGAUCUCAGUGCCUAUCCCUUGUACUGUACUGUAGUUGCUUAUCCAACUGACCUCAACACCAUCAGGCGGAGACUUGAAAAUCGCUUUUACAGGAGAAUAUCAGCAUUAAUGUGGGAAGUACGCUACAUUGAGCAUAAUGCUAGGACUUUCAAUGAGCCAGACAGUCCUAUAGUUAAAGCAGCCAAAACUGUAACUGAUGUCUUACUUCGAUUUAUUGGGGAUCAGAGCUGUACUGAUAUACUGGAUACUUACAAUAAAAUUAAAGCAGAAGAACUAAAUAGUACUGAUGCAGAGGAGGAUACAGAAAUGGUUGAUUUAGAUUCAGAUGGUCCUGGUACUUCAUCUGGAAGAAGGGUCAAAUGCCGAGGCAGAAGACAGUCGUUAAAGUGUAAUCCUGAUGCUUGGAGAAAACAGUGCAAAGAGCUGUUGGGCCUCAUUUAUGAACGUGAAGACUCAGAGCCAUUUCGACAGCCAUCCGAUCAUCUUUCCUACCCAGGCCAUCAAGAACAAGAGGGUGAAUCCUCUGAGUCAGUUAUUCUAGAACAACAAGACCCAUCUUUUUGUGAGGAUAAUCAAGAUGUUAUAGAUACUCCUAUGGACUUCAGCACUGUGAAAGAAACUUUGGAAGCAGGAAACUAUGGUAGUCCUCUGGAAUUUUAUAAGGAUGUUCGCCAAAUAUUCAGCAACUCCAAAGCUUAUACCUCUAAUAAAAAGUCAAGGAUCUAUAGCAUGACACUGCGAUUAUCUGCCUUAUUUGAAAGUCAUAUUAAAAAUAUCAUCUCUGAAUAUAAGUCAGCAAUCCAGAGUCAGAAGAGGAGAAGGCCACGGUACAGAAAACGUCUAAGAAGCAGCAGCAGUUCAUUAUCUAGUAGCAGAGCUCCUAGUCCAAAAGGGAAACAGAAACAAAUGAAGUUGCAGCCUAAAAAUGACCAGAAUACCUCAGUGUCUUAUGCCAGGACUAGCUCUCCUUUCUCAUCUCCUGUUUCAGAUGCUGCUGAAGGGCUUUCACUGUAUUUACUAGAUGAUGAACCAGAUGGGCCAUUUUCUUCAUCGAGCUUCAGUGGAUAUAGCCGAAGUGGAAAUAGCCAUGACCCAGGAAAAGCCAAAUCAUUUCGAAAUAGAGUUUUGCCUGUUAAACAAGAUCACUCCCUUGAUGGACCCCUUACAAAUGGUGAUGGCAGAGAGCCCCGGACAGGCAUCAAGAGAAAGCUACUUAGUGCAUCAGAAGAAGAUGAAAGCAUGGGAAGAGAAGAGAAAGAGAAAAAAGAAACAAAAGAGAAAUCACAUUUAUCUUCCUCAGAGAGUGGAGAGUUAGGAUCCAGUUUAAGUUCUGAAAGUACCUGUGGUUCUGAUUCUGACUCUGAAUCAACUUCCAGAACUGAUCAAGAUUACGUAGAUGGAGACCAUGACUAUAGCAAAUUUAUACAAACUAGGCCUAAAAGAAAACUCAGAAAGCAAUAUGCCAAUGGAAAAAGAAACUGGAAGACAAGAGGCACAGGAGGAAGAGGCAGAUGGGGCAGAUGGGGUAGAUGGAGUAGAGGAGGCAGAGGAAGAGGAGGCAGGGGACGAGGCAGUCGAGGAAGAGGUGGAGGUGGCACGAGAGGGAGAGGGAGAGGGAGAGGAGGAAGAGGUGCUUCUAGAGGAGCCUCCAGAGCCAAACGUGCACGUAUUGCAGAUGAUGAAUUUGAUACCAUGUUUUCAGGACGUUUUAGUAGACUGCCUCGAAUUAAAACAAGAAACCAAGGCAGGAGGACUGUUUUAUAUAAUGAUGAUUCUGAUAAUGACAAUUUUGUGUCCACUGAAGAUCCUCUGAAUCUUGGUACAUCCAGAUCAGGCAGAGUGCGUAAAAUGACAGAAAAAGCCAGGGUUAGCCAUCUCAUGGGAUGGAAUUAUUAACAGUUAAUAAAUUUAGAAUAAUUUAAAAAAUUCAAUGGCCUUCUACUGCAGGGAAUUUACCAGGAAAUCUACAAAGCAAGUUGUGUGGGGACUUCUGCUUCCUUUCACAUUGGUGCUUUUCCAUUAUGCCAGUAUACAUUUGUUUCAAGACUUUUGAUCUCCACACUUCAUUUGUUGAAACAAGCCUUACUCAUUAGGCCUUAAAGUUAAAAAAAUUCUGUAGACACACACACACACACACACACACACACACACACACACACACACCAUAGACACACUACAGAUUUACUACAUUAAAGAAGCAUUCAGCUUCUUAAGAGUAGCAUAACAUUUUUAUCUCAAUGGAAUAUCCCUCUUUUGCUUUUGUAUCACAGAAGUAUAGCACCUUCUUACAGAGUUUUAUAUAGUUUGUUUUUGCCAUUUUGAUUCCUGUACCAGUAAUAAUGACUUUUGCACAAUACACCAAUCCUAAAGGCAGCUAUUAAAUGUUUACAGUUUCUAUAUUGUAAGAACGAUCUGGAUUAUUUUACUUUUCCCAGGCCAAACUUUCAUGAAUUGUACUGAACUGAAGUAUAUAUUUAUACUACAGUUUUGUGGGGGGUGGGGGGUUCUUAAUAUGCUUUUCAUUGAUCUGCUUAAUUCAUGUUAAAGGUGAGAAAGGGUUGGUGCCUUGUAAAUAUGUAGCAAAUCUUUGUGGUGUGUCCUGAUGUGUGCAUUAACUUUAUUAAAAAAGAAUACUUGAGGUAUCAAUCUAGACAAGGUGCCAAAUGCAAAAGUUGCUUGCAUCCAUUUUCUUUUUCCUAUUAUAUUUUAUUGCAUUAAUAGAACUUGUGUAGCUUAAAGAAUAACUUAAACAUUUGAAAAAUCCUCAUCCACAAAGAAUAACUGAAUAGUAGCUCAGCUACCUCUAUUAACUACAACUACUGGAAACAUUAAGAAAAAAUAGAUGCUGUUAUUCAUUACUGACUAAGGAGAAAUAGAACAAGCUUGGUAGGAAUGAAUUCUCAUAAGUUAUAAGCUGAGAAGUUGUUAAUAAUUGUAUUGGCUCUCAAAUUAAUAGUUGUAAUUAAACUUCUUAAGUAUAGUAUAGUCUACCUUAUUAGGCUUUUCUUAGAACAUAUUUGUGUAAGUAGACUUGAUCUACUGCUUAUGUAUCUCUGCUACCACUUAUUUAACAGCUGUGAGUGACUGAUUUUGAAUUUUAAAAUGUAACACAGCACCUAAUCUGAGUUGGAAUGUUUUGGCUAGCUAAUAUUUUGAAUCAACUUUAAUAGGUUCUGCUCAUUACCAUUCCAAAGGGUUCUUCUGUUAUAAUCUUUCAGAAAAGAACCUCAUUGCACUGCACACUAUUUUCAGUCAUUAUUUUAUAGAUGAAAAAAAUCCACCCUAUGGUCUUGUUUACAGCAGUAGAGUGCACAUGGUUCCAUAAGCAAGUUUGAGUUUCAAGAUCAAUUUUACUCCUCAAAUUUGAGAGAUUGCAAAUUUGCUAAUUUGUUAGAUACUUAGUUUUUUGAGGUGAGAAGGAUGAUACCGAUCUCUGUUUUUGUAACAACAUAUUUGUUGCACAUAGAUCAGACUUGUGGGAUAAAAGAAACUUCUUAGUGUAUGCUUUAGUAAUCCCAGGAUAUUUCUUAAGCUAAUAUGUUUGUCUCAUGCUUUCAGUCAUUUCAUGCAUCUGAAAAUCUGUAAGUGCAGAGGAAGGAGUACACACAUAACUUUGCUUUUUUGGUUGGGUUGGGUAAGGGUUAUUCUUGGACUAACAUCUUUAAGCAAUUUUCACUUGCAGUAGAAAUGAUGUUCAGGCUUUAAGAAAGUUUUGUGAAUUGUUAAUGAACUAAUUUCUGUUACUGGACAGAUCAAGCUGAUAUUUUUGUUGUUGUUGUAGUCUUCUUUUCAGUAAACCAAAACUACUUCUGGUUGUAAUUCAGCUGCCACUUUUGACCAUAAUACAGAUUCAAAAAUCUUCAUGUUGAAACUCUGCUUUUGAUUUUUGCUAAAAUGUACUAUUUUAGUUAUUCAUCUCUUGGACAUUUAGACUAAGUUUGUGCCUGUGUUUUCCUGGAAUCAGUAACACUUUGGCCUACCGUAUUCAAAGUAACAUAUUCCUCACCUUCAUGGAUUUACCCAAAUGUGUAUUACGUGUAUCAUUUUAGUGUGGAAAUUUGUUUGACAUUCUUCUAUGAAGAGCUGACCUCUUGAAAUGUAGAAGAAUUGCCAUUUGUGUGAUUUAGCUAUCUCAAGCUUUAUUUAUAAUUUAUUUUGAAAAAUAAAAAUGGCACAUUUAUUUCCCAAAUGUCAAGAUUUUCUAGGGUUAGAUAAUUAGAAUAAUAAGGCUGAAGACAUUUUUAAGCAUAUUUUAUAUGUAGUGAAAUACUGUGAAAAUACUAGUGAACAGCAUUUUGCUGUAAUGUUGAUUUCAGUUAUUAGGAUUUAAAGAGUUAGUCAUCAGGGUAGGUUAGAUGGGCAUAGUUAUCAUUUAUUACAAAACAAACAGAUCAUUUUCUGUUUGCAUGCAAAUUAUUUUAAUAAGUGUGAAAAUAAAAGUUUGGAAGACAGUAUUUUUACUUUUAUAUCUGGACUUCCCCCCCCCCCAAUUUAUACUUUGCCUUUUUUGUAGCACCACCUCCUGUGAAUGUGUUGUAAUUUGUAUCACAUUGAAUAUUUUAUCACUUUAAUUUUUUAGAGGUCCUUUAAACCUAAAUAAGAUCUGGGUUUAGCCAUAGAAAAGCAAGUAGAAAAUGAGCUAAGAAUUGUGACGUCUAAAUCUUAAAUGAAUUGCUAAGAAAAAACACUUAAAUUUAGGUCCUUGAGAGCAUAUACAUGUACAAGCCUAUUCCUAUGCUAGAUGUUGAUAGUCAAUAACUUGUAAUAUUUCUCAUGAAUGCUAAUAAUGUUUUAAUUCCCAGCUUUAAGAUCUUAGCAUGUGUAUCUAUUUAUGAAAACAGAAUUGUGUGUUUCUUCUAUGGCUUGCUGUGUGUAUCUCUUCCAGCAAUAGGAUGCUCUCCAAAACAUUCACUAGCCUAUUAGUGUAAUGACUAAAUUUGUGUGUGUGUGUGUUCGUGCACACAUAUGUGUGCCUGUAUGUAGAUUUUUUCCAACUUGACACACUUUAUCUCAGAUAUUUAAAAAAAAAAGAAAUUUGUAUGGAAGGCAGCCGUAUUCACUGUCUACCAGUUCAUUGCUUCUGUUGUAAAGCGCUUAGCCUGUAUAUAUACUGCUUGAUCUUCCAUAUCAUUAUGCCUUCUAGAUAAACAAUCUAGGUUUUGUUGUGUACAUGUGUUGCUCUAUUUUUUAAAUUCAGUUUUCCCUUCUUUUGUGUGUUUUUCUGUUUCCCUUCCCAGAGCCCAGACUUUUGCUAGAAUUCUUUCAUAUAGCACUUUGUUUCACCAGAGGCUAAGAAACUGAGUAAAGUUCAUAAAUCUUAUUCUGCACAAUUAUGUGCUCAGAUAUCUAACUCAACCUUCCAAUACUUUGAAGAAAAUUUGAGUGAUUUAUCUUUGCUGUUGUUUUUGUUGUAAUCCUAGAUUAUCAUCAGACAAUAACAGAAUGAUUAAAAGAGAAAGAUGUGACUGCCACUUCUUACUUUUUGAUCAAAACUUUUUUGAGCAUUUUUCAAAAUUUGUAUGUUGUGGUAGUGAUACAAUUAAACAUCUUAUUACUUGCUUAUAUAUCUUGGGAAUUAUUUUAUGCACAUUUACCAACUGGUACUUAUCUUUAAAGUUGGAAUUUUUACAUCCACGAAAAGGAGACCUCCAUCCAGUAUAAUUUUCAGUAUACUUUGACAUCCAGCCUUUUAAACAAUUACCAACAUUUUGAGGUCUGAAAUAAAUGAUUUACUUCUGGGGGAAGGAGUGGAAUUUUUGACUAUUUUGACAAAUCAUAGUUUUAAAUGUUAACUUCAUCCCCAACAUUUUUGUGUUACAUGAGGCUUUAUGAAAGUUUUUGAAAAUAGAAUAUUCUAAGAUCAUUUUGAAGGCUUGUUUUAAAAAUUAGUGUGAAAAUAUUUUCAUGUUUUUUGGUUUUUACCUCUCAGUAAAGUUUCUUUACCAAAUUUUGAUUAAAUUCUAAUUAUGAAGUUAAAUUUUUUCAUGGUGCUGUAUUUUGUGGAAUAUGGAUUACUCUCAAGUUUCUUAACAUUUGUUUAUUACAUUGUCUUAUCCUUGCUUAUUUCCUCUUCCAUCAUUCCUCUCUUGCUUGCAUUUAUUAUCUUCAUUUCUCUUUCUGCAAUGAAGACUGCACCUAAUUUAGCACAUUUCAACAAGACUGGCAAUUUAUGAUUCAUUGACGGGAGAAGUACAGUAGAAAGGCCCUGCAGUUUAGAGUUAAGGUGUGUUUAUUUAUAUGUAUGCCCAUUUGUUAUUCUUAUACCUAUCUUAAUUAAAUCUAGAAUAUGAGACUUUGACAUAAAUGCAUUGUAAGUAUUUUCUAAAAAAUAAAACUAUUGAUACUAUUAAAAUCGCCAUUGGUAAUUGACUUUUAAAAUCACAUACAAAACUAUUUAGAAACCCAGUUGGGAAAUGUGUUUUUACAUAUGUCACCAGAUACACAUUAGGCAGUACUACAAAUGUUAAUUCUUUAAACAAUACUGUGGUGAUGGCAAUCAGUAAUUUAUUUCUUUGUCCUGUAACUUAUCAUCCUUGUCUUUUGUAAUCCCUUACAAAGUAAUAACAAAACUGUACCUUAUGUUUGUUCUGAGUAUCCACAAAUUUUAAGAUGGAAAAUCAUUCAGUUAAUAGUUGAUAUGAUGUUGUAUAUGGACAAAAUGUCCAUUAAACUAAAAUUCAGUAAAGAAAGGUAAACUAAACUGGCUUGGUUUAUAAAAGAUGUUUUAUUUGGCAGUUUAUUAGUCAUUAUAAGCAAUUAUCUUCAAAGACAAAAAAUAACUGGACUAAUUUGUUGCCAUUCUUUAUGGGAUGUUUACAAUAAAAUUCCAAGUUGUUUGGAAUCAGUUGCACUCUUGCUGCUUUAUGCCUCAACUCAGGUACUGGAGAUAAAUUAACAAGAAGGAAGAAAUGUGGAGUUACUUUCCAUUAUCCAGCUUCAGAGAUUGUUACCUGUAACUCUUGGGCCUUUCGUUUCUUGUUUUCCUGUCAUAUAAUAUUUUAUUAUUGUUAUUAUUUUAAUCUGAGAAACUAGAAUGCUUUCUAUCAAAGAAAAUUGUUUUGUGCGUGUGUGUGUGUGUGUGUUUGCCUUAGUUGUUGCAUAUAUUCCUUUGAGUCAUUUUUAGGUAAUAAAUAUAUUAACGUUUUAAAUGUGGGCUGCUUGGUGUGUUAAAUAACAGCCUGCAAAGUUUUAUUCAACAUUUUGUUUUGUUGAGAAAUCUGUUUGAAAUGAAUAGGUUUCUAAUGUCUUCAUGGCUUAUACAUUUUAGCAGCUGAACUAUGAAUCUCUGACAUUUUUAUUUAUAGUAAAAUUGCUCACAGAAGCCUAACUAUAUUAUAAAUGGUACUUUAAUUCAAUGUAAGUGAAGGAGGGAGUGAAGUAAGGUGAGAGGUAACUUUUGAUCCAGGAACUGAAAGCCCCAGCAAAAGCAAUUCAUCCCAUUUAUGCAACUAAAUGGUUACUCAGAAUUUUCUUCCCAAUGGUAAGAACUCCAUUAGGUUCAAGGUAAGUAAGACCAAAGACUGGACUGUCUUGUUUUGUGUAUUUAAAAUUAAGAAAUAAGUUAUUUAGAAAAAAACACAACACCUUUGCCUUCUGGUAUUGUAUUCUAUGACUAUGAAAGUAGUCCAAAUUUUUGCAAUAUUUGGAGGUUGAAGUACAGAUGUUUGGUAUUUGUGUGUAGUUGCUUGAUUGGUUAAAGAUAGUCCUCUUUAAAGAUAUAAAAGUGUAUAUUAAAAAUUAUUUAUUAGCAGGCUUUGAUGUUUUCUGACUUCACCUGCAGGUUUUUUAGGAAAAGUAAAGAAUCUUUAUAACAAAAUAUUACAGAAGUACUCAGAAGAGCCAUUGUUUUUCCUAGUUUAGAAGGUCAAGGAUAGAGUGCUCUCUACCCUCUUUCUCAGUUAUAUGCCCCUGACAAUUUAAAGCUACUUUCCAAAAAUGCACAAAAUAAAUGGAAACCAAUACACUGAGCCUGUGAGUUAGUUUUCUGUGUAUAUUUAAGCCCAUACACUGACAGUUGCUUCCUUUCUUUCCCUUAUAUAAAUACUUUAAAGAUUUUUUAUGCUACAUAUUGCUGGUAAACCAAAUACAACAUUAAAUAAAAUGAGCUAUUUAUGGUGUCAGUGUUUUCCCAAAGAUUUUUUUUUAACAUCUUUAUUGUGGUGUGAUUCCUGUACAGUAAACUACACACACUUCAGAGUUACAAUUUGAUGGAUUUUGAUAGAUGUAUUCACCAAUGAAACCACCACCACAAUCAAGAUACCUAACAUUUCCAUCACUCAUCAAGAGGUGCAAAUUUUGAAUUCUCAAUUUAUCCCUUCCCAUCCUCUUCCCCCGGUAGCCAUAAGUUUGUUCUAUGUCUGUGAGUCUGUUUCUGUUUUGUAGAUAAGUUCAUUUGUGUCAUUUUUUUAGAUUACACAUAUAAGCGAUAUACAGUAUUUUUCUCUUUCUGACUUCACUUAAAAUGACAAUCUCCAGGUCCAUUCAUGUUUCUGAAAAUGGCAUUAUUUUAUCCUUAUGACUGAGUAGUAUUCCUGUGUGUGUGUGUGUGUGUGUGUGUGUGUGUGUACAUACAUACACACACACCACAUCUUCUUUAUCCAGUCAUCUGUUGAUGGAUAUUUGGGUUGUUUCCAUGUCUCGGCUAUCAUAAGUAGUGCUGCUAUAAACAUUGGGGUGCAGGUGUCUUUUCAAACUAUAUUUUCCUCUGGAUAUAUGCCCAGGAGUUGGAUUGCUGGAUCAUAUGUUAAGUCUAUUUUUAGUUUUUUGAAGAAUCUCCAUACUGUCCUCCAAUUUACAUUCCCACCAACAGUGUAGGAGGGUUACUUUUUCUCCAUACCCUCUCCAGCAUUUAUCAUUUGUGGACUUUUUAAUGAUGGCCAUUCUGACUGGUGUAAGGUGAUAUCUCAUUGUAGUUUUGAUUUGCAUUUCUCUAACAAUUAGUGAUGUUGAGCAUCUUUUCAUUGGCUUGUUGGCCAUCUGAAUAUCUUUGUAGAGAUGUCUAUUUAGGUCUUCUGCCUAUUUUUUGAUUGAGUUUUUUUUUAAUAUUAAGCUGUAUGAACUGUUUGUAUAUUUUGGAAACAAGUCCCUUGUUUGUCACAUCAUUUGCAGAUAUUUUCUCCCAUUUUUAGGUUGUCUUUUCGUUUUGUUGAUGGUACCCUUAGCUGUGCAAAAGCUUUUAAGUUUAAUUAGAUCCCAUUUGUGUAUUUUUGCUUUUAUUUCCAUUACUCUAGGAGCUGUUUCAAAAAAAAAUAUUGCUGUGAUUUAUGUCAAAAAGUGUUCUGCCUAUGUUUUCCUCUAGGAUUUUUAUAGUAUUUGGUCUUACAUUUAGAUCUUUAAUCCAUUUUGAGUUUAUUUUUGUAU